CGCUCGCCCCUCGAUGCGUGGUGAUGCGCGGUCCAGUUUCCAUUCCAGUUCGCGUUUGUUGCCCGUGAAGGAUGCCUUCUGCCAACCCUAAACUAGAGAAACAGGCCUCCACGGAGGCCGUCGAACCCAUACGCCAAGCGAUUGUCGUGAUCGAGCACAAGAUACGGAACCUCGAGAAGCGGAAGGGUAAAUUGGAAUCGUACAGGGAUUUGCAGAAAAAUGGGAAAGAACUGAACCAGGACCAAAAGAUAGCAGUGGCAAAAUAUGACGAAGUGCAACAAACUCUGGACAUUACGCGCGAAUUGUAUAGGCAGAUCGUGGGAAUCGCAAAUGAUGCCGCCAAGCAGCAGAAGAAAAUGGCUAGGAAAGAAGCGAUGGAACGUAUGCAGCAGGACAUCGCCAAGGUUCGAGAGGUAUUGCUGAUCCAGAAUACAUUGUUGAACAUGGGCGUGGAAUCUGCACGUGAAGAUUUUCUUGCCGGUGCAAAUGGAGCAGCCAAACUAACGGACGACGAUUUAAAGUAUUUGGAUGAUCUCUACGUCGAAGUGACGUUGAAACGGGAACGAGCGGAAGGUGAACCGACUUCGUUGCAGCAAGCGCAAAAGAUAGCGGAACACUUUGUGGCAAUCGUCGAUGGCAAACCAAGGGAAAUCGUGGGCACCACGUAUAAUAAGAUCAAGGAGAUCAUUGUCUCCAUCAACCAGUGCGGAUAUUUUGACCAAGUUCACGAAGUGGAGGUACAAAUCGAGGAAAUGGUCGAAGCAGUAGCGGAGACACAACUAUUGGAGGCUCCGGCGCAGGAACCGAUUAACGAAGAAUACAACAGCGGAGAGAGACACAUUCCACCUCCCGAGGCCAUGAUUCCUAUUCCCAGCUUCCCUGUGCAAGUGACACUGCCUGUGGUCUCCGGAGCAGCACCGGUCUCCGGACCCAUCCCCGUCGUACCGCAGCCCAUUCCUCCUCAUCCGACCGCUCCGGUGGAAACAUCUUACUACACGAGCGCUCCUAACUUCGUUCCGCAACCCCAAGCGCAGCAACAGCCACAACCUCCGCAACCGCAGCCUCAGCCUCAACAGCAGCAGCAGCAGCAGCAGCAGCCGCCGCCGCCGCCUCAACAGACGCAGCAACAGCAGCAGCCGCCCCAGCCUCCGAGGAUCAACGACGUGAUAGGAACCCCAAACUUCUUUUUCCUGCAGGAGUCGGAGCUGGACUCACCGGACAUCGCUACCCAGCCUCCGAUCGUGUCUCACAUUCCUCCGACGGUGAACGCGCCCAUCCCCACGCAGACCUUUACUAACCAGAACUUUGCCAAUCCGGGGGUCGUGCCCCAGCAAGUGAUGUACCAACACCAACAGCCUCCGCCGCCUCCGCCGCAAGAUAUGGCCCACAUUCCUGGCUUUGCCAAUCCAAAUCCUCCGCCACCGAUACCGAUGCCACCCUCUCAUCAGCAACCUGGAAUGCCCUACAGUCCACAGCAUCCUGCCGGCUUUCAGCAACGACCGCCGCCUCCUGCGCAGGCCGCUGCUCAGAUGCAGCAGCAGCAGGUCCAAGGCCAGGGCUUCGACCAGACUUCUCGCACCCAGGAGCCUCAGUUGUCGAACACUGAGGUGGAGCACUCCCAGGAAAAAGGAGACCAGGGACAUGAGGAGCCAGUGAGUGGAGAGGCGGAAAUCGAGCGAACCUCUGAGUCGGCGGAUUGGUGCGAAGUGACCGAUCGCACCGGUAAUCAGUCCGACUUGCAGCAGAACGUCCAGGAGUCCCAUCAGCAACCGCAGCAGCAGCCCUCUCAGCAGGCCUGGGGCGAGCAGCAACGUGGAGGCUAUAGGGGCAGGGGCGGUAGGCGGGGCAGCUCCAAUGGCUAUAACGGAAGGGGCAGGGGAGGAAAUUAUCAACAGAAUGGUCGCGGCGGCGGUGGUCAAGGAUCUUACUAUCGAGCCGAUGGCAAUUACCAAAACGGAUAUCAGCCCAGGAGCUAUAACAACGACGGUAACAGUGGUUACAACGGUGGCUUCAAGAGGGGUACUGGAGGCCCUAGGGGCGGGCCAAGGGGCGAUCGCGGUACCGGUGAAAGGGGUGGCCGCGGCCAAUUCCGCGGCGGCCAGAAAAGCGGAAAUCGUGGCGGAUACGCACCGCGCGGCAAGCCGCAGCAAGCCCAGCAGCAACAAUAGAAGCCGUCCAUCCAAGGGGCGCAACGAAACAGUGGCAUCGCGUUGGAACAAGGCUCCCUGCGAUCCUGGUUCGAUUGACCGCUUAACGGAGUUCGAUUUUAUCCUUGGAGGCUUUCAAGGUCUGGGAGAAAUCCUGACAAAGCGACUCGCGAGAACAUCUUCGGCGAGCGUUUAGUUAAUGACGUUAGCAAGAGGGGCACAUGGCGCCCAAGUACUGCAAUUGUUAAAAACACAGCCUCGUGUGGCUAAUGGCGUCGACGGGCGUGGCCAUGGCAAUAAUGCACGCCAUAUGUAACGUUACCUCACGGUCAGCAUCAGUGUGAGGGUCGACGUAUUAUGCAAUUGCCGUGAUUCAAAUGCUACGUUUUAACUCGCCAGGGAUGCUACGCGGCACGAACCCUGGUGGUCAUUUUCCGUACUACUUGACGCGCGCGCUCGGUUGUAACUCGGCAGGACUCAGGUAUGGAAUAGGUUUGCUUCCUACUUAUCACUCGUUGGUUCAACGCGAGGACACUGGCGGACAUGAAUGUUUUUCCUGAAUUUAUGACACCGAUAGUGUACGAUGGCUUUCAUGUCCACCGGUGCACUCGUAGACUGCGAUAUCGUCAGGGAUGUCAAAUUAUCGAGAAAGGGUCUCAGGAUAAGAAAAAGGAGGCUGUAUUAGCGAGUAGCGAGUAAGACUUCAUUGGCGGCCUUUGUCGUUCCUUUAUUUCCGAGUUUCCUCGGUUCUCCGUGGGUUCGUACCGAAAGUAUCCCCGGAGAUGUCCGUCGAUGUCGCUUAGUUUUUAGGAUUUUAACAUCCCUUAAGUGGUCCGUUGGAUCCGGAGAGAUCGGGCAUUUUAACUCGAUGUUCCACAGUUAGAGAUGUAGGAGAACAGCGCACUCAUCGUUGAAAUCAAUACAAAACUGGGGGCGACAGUAUGUUAAUAUCGUUAACCUACGGUGAGAUAAAGAGCGAGUCGGGGGAAGAGUAAAAACGGACGAAGACGGAUCAGCUAAAUUCAAAAAACGUCAAACCCACCAUGUAAGUAUUAAUUGUGUUGUGACAGAAGGCAGUUUUCACUGGGCAACAACAGCUGAUCGACAAAGAUUAGGGAGGGAGGGAGGGGGAAAGAGAAGGAGAGAAUGUGUGUGUGUGUGAAAGAGAGUGAGAGACAGAACGAGAGAAAGAACAAUAAUUUUACUAUAAAGAAACCCCCCCAAAAGAUGAGACCGAGAGAGAUAACGAUACCGCACACUCGUAGGCGGUCUCGCGCGGAUAACGCGACACACACGGAAACACAUACACAAGCGUAUAUUUAAUAAAGUAUAUCGAUUUAAGGUGGUCAAUAAGAGCAUAGGGCGACUAAAAGUGCGACCGUCUCUGUCUCGCGGCGCACUCGUACCGAAAGACUUUUCAAGAUGUCCGGGCGAGCUCGCGGAGGCGACCAAAAAAAUGGAAAAAAAAAAGGAAAAAGGCGGAAACGCGAUUCGCCUCGGUGGCCGCCCCGGCGUCUCCACCUUUGACUUUUUUUACCAGUAGACGUUCGAAUCAUCGAAACGAGCGAUUUAAGAAAGAGCGCGAUCGAAAAAACGGCGAGGAGAGUUUCCCGCCGGGGGAGUCGCGCCGCUCCUCUUGCCGCUUCUUUUUAUAACUCUGCUUCGAGGGGAGCCUUUGCAGUCGUUCGAGACGACUCGACUCGGAAGGGACGGAGCGAGGAAGAGGAAACGAGGAAACACGACGGAGGAUGAGAGAGAGAAAGAGACGGGCGUUGUCAAAUUCACGAAGCAACCGUUUACCUGAUUUCCGUUGAUCGCAGAAAGGAUAGGAAAUAUUAUUUUUUAAACGAGGGCGGUCUAGCAGGAGUGUUAAAAAGGGGAGAAAGAAAGAGAGGGGUUUAAUCGUGAGUACCGUGCGAAGCUUUAGUACGUAAGUUAAGUCGAAUGUACAAUUAUAUUGUGACUUAGCAGCCUGCGGGGGUGCGCACGACAUGUGCCCGCGUUCACCGCUCGCCAUCGCAACCCGGAUUCUUCCGGGGGCAAGAUGAAGAUAAAAAAGAAAAAAAAAAGUACCGUAUUGUAUUUCGUUUGUACAUUUGUGUUUAAUCACCUCCUCCGUACAGUUUCGUUGAGCUAUCCUAUGAAUACCUAUGUAUCUUCCAAAUAAAGAUCUAAUUCAACCUGA